AUGCUGCUGAGACAGCUCGCAAAAGCUGGGACGCUGCUGACCUUGUGCCCCGUGUCGAAUGCCGGGCUUGGGGGAGUUGCCACGGUGCAAGAGGUACCUAUUCGAGACCUGCUUGAGGCCGGCGUCAGGUUGAGCAUCAACGGCGACGACCCGGCAUACUUUGGCGCUGAUCUUUCAGGCGACUACUGUGCCGUCCAAGAGGCGUUGCACCUUUCCAUGACAGAAUGCGCCAUGGCGAACCCAAAUCAGACUACGGCGGCCCCCGUACACUCGCGCCCCCCGCUAGUCAACAGCGCCCGCUGGGUCCAGUCUCCCUCUCGUCUUAAGGCCUGUCUUCGGGCUGCCGCAUAG